AUGAUUCAAGAGAUUGCAAUCGCCUUGCUGGCGCUCUUUCUCAUAUUGGCGCUGAUGUUGGCCUAUGAAGAUGACCAAUUUGGUGGGAAACUACAUCAGCUGAAAGAUAAAAUGAGGAGUUCGAUGCGCCAAACAGGAAGCAAGCUGAGACCGCCUCCGGUGAGCGCUUCUAGGCAAGAGCAGCAGUCGUGGUCGCAACAGGCUGGAAAUCCCCCGAGCACUAGAACAGCAAUUCCUGGGCCGGCCACAGCAACGCAAAAUACUCGGAGUACUUUCACGGCUGCCCCUCCAACAAGACGAAGACCAUCUGGACAUAGAAUACAGACUGCAAGACAGGAUGAGGAGGAUCAGUUGAGAACUGCACGUCAGAGCGUUGUACAACAGGACCUGGAUGAAAAAGUGCAAACAGCUCAACAAGGAGAAUCGUGCUCAAGCGUCGGGAGGUAG